AUCUUCUGCAGUGGCCACAAAUCAGCAAGUGCCGAUCACCUGAACUGGAGACAUUUUCAUGUUAUUGGACUGAUGGAAAUUUUUAUAACCUCACUGCUCCAGGAACAAUACAGCUAUUGUACAUGAAAAGGAAUGAUGAAGACUGGAAAGAAUGCCCUGAUUAUAUCACUGCAGGAGAAAAUAGCUGUUAUUUCAACACGUCCUACACCUCUAUUUGGAUACCUUACUGUGUUAAGCUUGCCAAUAAAGAUGAAGUAUUUGAUGAAAAAUGUUUCAGUGUUGAUGAAAUAGUACUACCUGACCCCCCUGUCCACCUUAACUGGACUCUGCUAAAUACUAGUCAGACUGGGAUCCAUGGGGAUAUUCAAGUAAGAUGGGAUCCGCCACCAACUGCAGAUGUUCAGAAGGGAUGGAUUACUCUGGAGUAUGAAUUGCAAUACAAAGAAGUUAAUGAGACAAAAUGGAAAGAGUUAGAACCCAGGACCUCAACACUGGUUCCACUGUACUCUCUGAAGAUGGGAAGAGAUUAUGAGAUACGAGUCCGUUCAAGACAACGCACCUCUGAAAAAUUUGGGGAGUUCAGUGAAAUCCUUUAUGUAUCAUUUUCUCAAGCAGGCAUUGAAUUUGUUCAUUGUGAUGAAGAAAUUGAGUUUCCGUGGUUCUUAGUUGUUACCUUCGGAGCAUGUGGGCUGGCCGUAACAGUAAUCUUAAUCCUCCUGUCUAAACAACCAAGGUUAAAAAUGCUGAUUUUUCCUCCUGUGCCAGUUCCAAAGAUUAAAGGGAUUGACCCAGAUCUAUUGAAGAAAGGAAAGCUAGAUGAAGUGAAUUCCAUCUUAGCCAGCCAUGACAACUACAAGACACAGCUAUACAAUGACGACUUGUGGGUUGAGUUUAUUGAGUUGGACAUAGAAGACCCUGACGAAAAGAACAGAGUCUCAGAUACCAACAGGCUCCUGAGUGAAGAUCAUCUGAAAUCACACAGUUGCUUGGGAGCGAAGGAUGAUGAUUCUGGACGGGCCAGUUGUUGUGAACCAGAUAAUCCAGAGACAGACUUCAGUGCAAGCGACACCUGUGAUGCCAUCUCUGAUAUUGAUCAGUUCAAAAAGGUAACUGAAAAAGAAGAGGAUCUCUUGUGCCUUGGUGGAAAACAUAAUGAUGAGUCACUUACAAGCCUUGCCAACACAGACACCCAACAGCCACCUACAAGUAUUCGGUCUGAAAAUAGCCAGCUGUGGCCACCUUUUGCAGACAGCAUUGAGUCAGCUAGUCCAUCAGUCCAUACCCAGCUAAGUAACCAGAAUUCGUUGACAAGUACUGACCUUUACACACAAGUGAGUGAUAUUACGCCAGCAGGCAGUGUUGUACUUUCACCAGGGCAGAAAUCGAAGAUGGGGAGAGCACAGUGUGAAGGCUGCACAGAACAAAACUACACCAUGGACAACGCCUACUUCUGUGAGGCAGAUGUGAAAAAAUGUAUUGCUGUGACUUCCCAUGAAGAGGAUGAGCUGCAUGUUCAGGAGCAAAGCUGUAGCGAGGAUGCUUACUUCACCACAGAGAGCCUUACCACUACUGGUGUCAACCUUGGAGCUUCGACAGCAGAAACCCCAGAGAUGCCUGUCCCAGACUAUACGUCUAUCCAUAUCGUUCAUUCUCCACAAGGCCUUGUCCUCAACGCAACUGCACUGCCUGUGCCAGACAAGGAAUUCAACAUGUCUUGUGGCUAUGUGAGCACAGACCAGCUGAACAAAAUCAUGCCAUAGCUCUUCUUCGACUAGGUGUGUGCAGUAUUCCACAGCAGAGAGUCAGCUUAUGCUUGUCUGCUGAAACCAAAAUGAAGUCUAAAAGUUUCUCGUGGUUCUUACAAUUUUAUCUGAAAUAUUGCAACAUAAAAUACUCAUCAAAAUAUUCCUAUUGUGUUCUGUAAAUAUUAUCUAUGAAAUUGUCUUGAGACUGUUUUACUAGCAGUGGCUGUCUUGUUCUUGUGGGUGUUGAUUUUUGUGAUGCUAAACAUUGAAAUUGCUAUGUAUAAUGUACAGUAAAUCAUGCAUUUUGAUAAAGCUAAAAAUCAGGUGGUUUCAGGUCUAAGAAUUUAGUAAAAACCGUGCUGUUGGCAAAGAUCUUUGUAUCAGUAAUUUGGAAUUGAACAUAUAGGUGGAAAAACAAAAGUAGAUUGAAUAAAUAACAUAUCUAUUUUGAUUUAUAUAAAUUAAUAAUAUAUAUUUUAAUACUUUAGUC